GGCGCCCCCGGAAGUGCCGGUCGUCGGACGCCCGAAGGCUGCGCGGUGGGCGCAGGGCGGCGGAGGCGCCAUGGCGGAGCCCAUGGACGAGCUCGCUAAGCUCGAGUACCUGUCCCUGGUCUCCAAAGUCUGCACGGAGCUCGACAACCACUUGGGCAUCAACGACAAGGAUCUGGGUAGGCUCCGAGGGUGUAAAGGGGUCCAUUUUGUCAUAUUGGCUGUUACUGUUUUUAUCUGUAAGCCGCCUCGAGCCUAUGUCAGGGGGGAAAGGCGGGGUACAGAUAAAUAAAUACAGUGGUACCUCGGGUUAAGUACUUAAUUCAUUCUUGAGGUCCGUUCUUAACCUGAAACUGUACUUAACUUGAAGCACCACUUUAGCUAAUGGGGCCUCCUGCUGCCGCUGCGCUGCACAAUUUCUGUUCUCAUCCUGAAGCAAAGUUCUUAACCUGAAGCACUAUUUCUGGGUUAGCGGAGUCUGUAACCUGAAGCGUAUGUAACCUGAGGUACCACUGUAUGUUGUUGUUGUUUAGUCGUUUAGUCGUGUCCGACUCUUCGUGACCCCCUGGACCAGAGCACGCCAGGCACUCCUGUCUUCCACUGCCUGCCCAGUUUGGUCAAACUCAUGCUGGUAGCUUCGAGAGCACUGUCCAACCAUCUCAUCCUCUGUCAUCCCCUUCUCCUUUUCCAGGGAAUCUUCUCUCUCAUUAGGUGGCCAAAGUACUGGAGCCUCAGCUUCAGGAUCUGUCCUUCCAGUGAGCAUUCAGGGCUGAUUUCCUUCAGAAUGGAUCAGUUUGAUCUUCUUGCAGUCCAUGGGACUCUCAAGAGUCUCCUCCAGCACCAUAAUUCAAAAGCAUCAAUUCUUCGGCGAUCAGCCUUCUUUAUGGUCCAGCUCUCACUUCCAUACAUCAUUACUGGGAAAACCAUAGCUUUAACUAUAUGGACCUUUAUUGGCAACGUUGAUGUCUCUGCUUUUAAGAUGCUGUCUAGGUUUGUCAUUGCUUUUCUCCCAAGAAGCAGGUGUCUUUUAAUUUCGUGACUGCUGUCACCAUCUGCAGUGAUCAUGGAGCCCAAGAAAGUAAAAUCUCUCACUGCCUCCAUUUCUUCCCCUUCUGUUUGCCAGGAGGUGAUGGGCCCAGUGGCCAUGGUCUUAGUUUUUUUGAUGUUGAGCUUCAGACCACAUUUUGCACUCUCCUCUUUCACUCUCAUUAAAAUGUUCUUUAAUUCCUCCUCACUUUCUGCCAUCAAGGUUGUGUCAUCUGCAAUAACAGUAAUAAAUAAUCUGUGACUUCUUAAACGUGUUAGGGGGCUGUUAUUAUGGUUAUAAUUUAUGCUUCCCAAUGUGUUAUUAACAGUGAAUUUUUGGCAUUUCUUAUGGUUCUAGGGCCCUCAUACACAGUAUCUAAAUAUAUAUUGUGACAUACACAUUUUUAAAAUUAAAAUUAGAAUGUACAUGGCAGUCACCUGGUGACAGUGGAGAGGUUAUCGCUUAUUAUUAUUAUUAUUUUAACAAUUUCUUAGUGAUUUCUUCCUCAGUACUUCAACUGUCCUUUCAUUCUUUUAUUUUUCUCUUUCAUGGAUGCCAUCCAUGUUCUUUGGAAGCUUGGUUAGACCAAGUGAAUGGCCUUUUAGGCUUCCUCCACAUGAAUAGGAGUUCACUUUUUGAAUAAUAAGAAUUAUAAGUCACAGGAUUUUAGAGAUGUUUAGGCGGAGCAUGGCAAAAAAAGAAGAAGGUUGUGACUCACUGGCUUACGCUGUGCAAAUUAUGUUCUUAUGGUUGUACGCAGCCCUGGGAUCUUUGGAUAAAGGGUGAUCUAUAAAUCGAAUAAAUAGUAAGUUUGCGAGAAGUGAGGUUACAGGGGACCAGGCCUUCUCGGUAGUGGCACCCACCCUGUGGAACACCCUUGCAUCAGAUGUCAAGGAAGUAAACAAUUAUCCGACUUUCAGAAGACAUCUGAACAGGCAGCCCUGUUUAGGGAAGUUUUUAACGUUUGGUGUUUUAUUGUGUUUUUAAUAUUCUGUUGGAAGCCACUCAGAGUGGCUGGGGAAACCCAGCCAGAUGGGUGGGGUAUAAAUUAUAGUACUAGUAGUAGUAGUAGUAGUAGUAGUAGUAGUAAUACAGUGGUACCUCGGGUUAAGUACUUAAUUCGUUUCGGAGGUCCGUUCUUAACCUGAAACUGUUCUUAACCUGAAGCACCACUUUAGCUAAUGGGGCCUCCUGCUGCCGCCGGGGCGCCGCCAGAGCACGAUUUCUGUUCUCAUCCUGAAGCAAAGUUCUUAACCUGAAGCACUAUUUCUGGGUUAGCGGAGUCUGUAACCUGAAGCGUAUGUAACCUGAAGCAUAUGUAACCCGAGGUACCACUGUAUUUGUUUUGUCUGUUGGUAAAGAAAGGAGGUGAGGGGAUUCUGGGAUGAAAAUCCCACAUUUGCUGGGCUGCCUUGUGCUCUCUGGAGGCUGCGUUUAUGAAGCUGGGGAAUUAAUAAAUAAGAAUGCCAGAAGAGCCUUGCUAAAUCAGGCGAAUGUCCCACCUAGCCCAGUAUCCUGUUCACAUAGUCGCCCACCUGAUGCCUGUGAGAAGCCCGCAAACGGGAUAUGAGUGCAACAGCGCUCCCUUCCCACCUGCAAAUUGCAGCAACUGGUAUUUAGAGACUACUUCUUUGGUGAUCAUUCAUAGCCAAGGAAGAUUGUCUUCCAUGAACAUGGUCUUAACAGUGAGUCCGUAAGGGACUGUGAAGGCCAGUUCUGGAUGCACACGUCCUUCCACAGUGGGGACAUAGGUUUCCAGGCAGGAGUUGAUCAUGGUGAGGGUUUGCCAAACAUAACUUACUUUUUUUUCCCUUCAAAUUUUUUUAUUAAAUUUUCCACAAUUAUAACAUAAAAGGUAAAGGGACCCCUGACCAUUAGGUCCAGUCAUGGCUGACUCUGGGGUUGCGGCGCUCAUCUCGCUUUAUUGGCCGAGGGAGCCGGCGUUUGUCCACAGACAGCUUCCGGGUCAUGUGGCCAGGAUGACUAAGCCGCUUCUGGCGAACCAGAGCAGCGCACGGAAACGCCGUUUACCUUCCCGCCAGAAGCACUUUGAUGUGCUUUCGAACUGCUAGGUUGGCAGGAGCAGGGACCGAGCAACAGGAGCUCACCCCGUUGCGGGUAUUCAAACUGCCAACCUUCUGAUCGGCAAGUCCUAGGCUCUGUGGUUUAACCCACAGCGCCACCCGCAUCCCAAUAUUAUAACAAAUACCACAUAACAAAACAACAAACAAACAAACAAAACAGAAGUACACCAAAGAAAAAAACAGUACACAAAACCACCCUACCCAUCACAAUAAAAAAUAAAAACGAUCUUAAUCUUUUGAAAACCCAUCCUUAUUUACAUGUUAAUUGGCUUCCUCUAAUCCGUCCCUUCUGAAUUUCCUUGUAUCUGCAUGUAACAGCUUUGCAAUAUCAUUCUUAAACAAAAGUAUUUCCAACUGUUAUCUAUCUUAUUCAUUUUCUUACCAUUCUAAAUCACAUUUAUAUAAUUAAGUCCUAAUUUAGUCCUAGGCCUAUUUGGUACUUUCAAGUGACUUCUAAUCGUUUAUAUUACAAUAUUUAUUCAAAUAGUCCUUAAAUUUCUUCCAAUCUUCUUGGUAUUCCUCUUCUUUCUGGUCACAGAUUCUUCCAGUCAGGUCAGCUAGCUCCAAAAAGUUCAUCAUCUUCAUCUGCCAAUCUUCCACUGUUGGUACUUCUUGUAUUUUCCAGUUCUUGGCUAAUAAUAUUCGAGCAGCCGUUGUGGCAUACAAAAAAAAAUUUAACAUCUUUUUGGGGCAGUUCCAAACCUGUUAUUCCAAGAAGAAAAGCCUCUGGUUUCUUGAUAAAUGUAUAUUUCAACAUUUUUUUUCAAUUCAUUAUAAAUCUUUUCCCAUAAGUCUUUCACCUUGGUGCAGGUCCACCACAUAUGAAAAAAGGUACCUUCUUUUUCUUUACGUUUCCAGCAGAGAUUAUCACUAUUAUGAUAAAUCUUUGCUAAUUUUACAGGGAUUAAGUACCAUCUAUGCAUCAUUUUCAUAAUAUUUUCCUUUAGCAUCGUACAUGCAGUAAACUUACCGUAUUUUUCGCCCCAUAGGACGCACUUUUUCCCCUCCAAAAAAGAAGAGGAAAUGUGUGUGCGUCCUAUGGGGCGAAUGCAGGCAUUCGCUGAAGCCUGGAGAGCGAGAGCGCACCGACCCCUCUCACUCUCCAGGCUUCGCGCGGCAACUCUCCGCAAGCCGCGGGAGCCCGGUGCUGGGCUCCGCGGCCACGGAGAGUUGCCUGCAUGCCAGAGUCGCGCAGCUCUCUGCAAGGCACGGGAGCCCUGCGCUGGGCUCCCGCGGCUUGCGAAGAGUUGCCUGUUCUGGGGGCUGGGGUCAGGGAAGCUCGGGCUCCCCGCCCCAGCCCGCGCCUGGGGAAUAAUUUCCCCCUUUAUUUCCCAAAAACUAGGUGCGCCUUAUGGGACGGUGCGUCCUAUAGGGCGAAAAAUACGGUAACCCCUUUCUUCCAAAACCUUUCCCAAUCUUCCAACAUUAUAUUAUGUCCAAUGUCUCUUGCCCAGUCACAAACAUGAUUUCCUCUUAGCAUGUUUCUUCCUUUUGUCCUGAGUCUGAGUCUCUUCAAGGUCCACAACACCUUUGGUAAAGGCUGUUCUCCCAUUGGAGCUCUCGCAGGCCAAUGAUUUCCAGCUGUCGGUGUUUAUACUAUACUUUUUAAAGAUUUGCCUCUGACAGUGGAGGUAGAGCAUAUCCAUCAUGGCUGGUAGCCGUUGAUAUGAAACGCUCGCAUACAGAGGCAGAGGAUUACCUCCUCCCCUCAGUCAAAUUACCAAUGGUGUGAAUUUUCCUGCAGUAGAAAACUUCCCACUGCCCUAGAUAGGUGGUUCAUUGUAGCAUGUUUGUAUAUGAGGAAAGGAUACAAUUCAGAAAUAGCUACAAAAAUAAAAAUGUUCACCUGUGGUCAUAUGACUGACAAUGAUGCCUUCAGUUAUCAUGCGACAAAUGUAUGCAUUUUAAUUUAUAAUUUUUUGGAUUUUUAUUCUGCCUUUCUUUCAACAAGCAAUGAAACGAUUUAAAAAAUCAUUGGUACCAUUUAAUAUAUUUUAAACAGUUCUUUUAAAUUCAUUAUAAUCAAUUCUGUUUCCCCUACCCCACCCCCAGUACACCCCUACCUGUUGCCAGGCUUCUGUUAGAGAUGUUCCUAAAUCUGAGAGUGCCCUUCCCAGGGAGGAUAUGCUUCUUGACUGGCUUGCUAAUCUAAUCUGGACUGUUUUUAUCUGUAGGCAUCUCUUCUUCGUUAAAUCUGCUAUCUGCUUAUAGCAUCCUGUGAAUUGCAUAGAGAGUGCACCAGUUCUUCCAAGCAAUAUGUACUGUAUUUUUUGCUCUAUAGGACGCACCUGACCAUAGGACGCACCUUGUUUUAGAGGGGGAGAACAAGAAAAAAAAUUUUCCCCCUCUUUGCUCAGCGCCCCUUCAGCGAAGCGGCAGGAGAAACAGAGCCCCUUCCAUUUCUCCUCCCGCUUGGCUGAAGGGGUGCUGCGCAGCUCUCCCUCUCUGCUGAAGCCAGGAGAGUCUUGCUCUCCUGGCUUCAGCGAAAGCAACGCGAAGCUUCCGGAGUGCAGCGGGACCUCCUGCUGCGCUCCGGAGGCUUCAGGCGGCUAUCCCUGAAGCCUGGAGAGCGAGAGGGCAGUGCGCACCGACCCCUCUCACUUUCCAGGCUUCAGCUAAGCAACGCUGAAGCCUCCAGAGCGCGGAGGGAGCACUCCUCUGCGCUUUGGAGGCUUCACAUUGCUAUCGUUGAAGCCAAGGAGCCUGCAUUCGCUCCAUAGGACGCACACACAUUUCCUCUUAAUUUUUGGAGGGGAAAAAGUGCGUCCUAUAGAGUGAAAAAUAUGGUAGUUGGGAAAUGUACAGUGGUGCCUCGCAAGGCGAAAUUAAUUCGUUCCAUGAGUUUUUCAGAUCUUGCGGUUCUUUUCGUCUUGCGAAGCACGGUGUCGGAAAAGUUUUGGAAAAGCUUCAAAAAUCACCAAAGUCUUCAAAAACCUCAAAAAAGGCUACCACACCGCGUUCUAUGAGUUGCUCCUCGAAGUCAAGUCGCAACUGUAUUAACGGUUUUAAGAAAAGAAACAAACUUGCAAGAUGUUUCCGUCUUGCGAAGCAAGCCCAUAGGGAAAAUCAUCUUGCGAAGCAACUCAAAAAACCAAAAACCCUUUCGUUUUGCGAGUUUUCCGUCUUGCGAGGCAUUCGUCUUGCGAGGUACCACUGUAUAUGCAGGUAUUUUAAGAAUUGGGACCAUGCCUGCUCCAAAACUGUGUGAGCCCUUUUCGCCUAAUCCUUUUUCCUUUCACCCUCCAAUUGUUUACAGCUGAAUUUGUGAUAAACCUCGCAGAGAGAAAUACAACCUUUGAUGCAUUCAAGGCAGCCUUGGUGAAGAAUGGUGCCGAAUUUACAGUGAGUGCCAAAAUCUUUUAAAGGCGGCAGGUGCAGAGGGUGGUGUUGGUGGUUGAGCUGGUGGGGAGGGAAAGAAUUGCAGGAGCAAUAAAUUAUGUUUCUGCUUCUUUUUUUAAACCCAAAUCCUAUAUUUCAGGAUUCCCUCAUUAGCAACCUGCUGCGUCUUAUACAGACGAUGCGACCGCCUGCAAAACCUUCCACUAGCAAAGGUAAGUGAAGCCUCACGGGCACACAGGCAGAAUGGGGAUGGAAGGGACCUAGCAGCUGCAAGUUGUUGUUAGAAAACAACCAUUGCACAGUUCUGGAAUAGGUGUACAAAUAAACAAAAAUAUGGGUUAAAAACAGAUACCACUGUGGGUUGGUACAAGCCAGAUUCUGGGUCGGCACACUUGCAGUCUCUUACAGUUUCAUAGUGUGAGCCUUUAUAUAUACGAUAUAUGAUACCUUUAUUGUCAUUGUCCCAUGCAGAACAAUGAAAUUGAAAAACUACAUAAAACAUUCAAAAGCCCCUAAAAACUCUGAAACCCCAUUUUAAAAUACACUAUACUAUAGAGACCCCUUAUGCUGCAUUUAGAACCAGAAUUGCAUUUGUGUAGAAACUGUUUCUCAGGCGGCUAGUCCUAGCCUUUAUAACCCUAUACCUUCUUCCAGAAGGCAGAAGCUGAAAGAGAUCAUUUCCAGGGUGCGUACUAUCCUGCGCUAUCUCUGCUGCUUUCUUAUGGCACCUGACAGCAUAGAUUUGAUCUAAGGUGGGAAGAGUGCACCACUUUAGUAAGUGGUCUUGGGAUUUCUGCCAAAAUUCCACACCGUGAGUUACAGGGUUUCAGUGCCCACCUUGCCAUGCUCAGUGCUUGGCCUGUCAGAAGGGAUCCCAUCACCUGCCUGUGAGAAAGAGCUCCUCAAAAUACAAAUCUGCCAUGAACCUUCACCUUUCCAGAGUGCAAGUAACGCAGCAGAGUUAAUAACAUUUAGAUGAAAAUCUAAUAGAGAAAGUAAUAAAGAAAGGAGGUACAUAUACAGGUUAGAUAGAUAGAUAAAUUUAUUGUCAUUGUCCGUAUAUACACAGUAUACACAACAACGAAAAUCAAACACCCACUCGAAGACCGGGUUCACAUACACAUUUGCACGUAUCUCCAACACUCUCAUCCUAUUCAGACAUAAUCUAUAAAAACAUAUCAUACUCCAGAAUGUAACAUAACCUAUUAAAAGCAUAACAUAACCUAAAAACCUGUCUCAUUCCUUCCUACUCCCUGCUUGCUAUUCCUUGCAACUGGCCCUGAGAUCAUUAUUUAGUGCAAUCAGAGCUCUUGGAUAGAAACUAUUCAGAAGGCGUGUGGUUCGUGUUUUCAUUGUCCUAUAUCUUCUGCCCGAAGGCAACAGUUCAAAGAAGUUGUGAGCAGGAUGGGUGGGAUCUCUCAGGAUAUUGUGUGACUUCUUCAAAGUGCGAGACGUGAAGAUCUCAUCCAGGGUUGGUAGUUGGAGCCCAAUAACAUUCUGGGCAAUUUUAAUUAUUCUCUGUAAAGCUUUUUAUCCGUUUCAGAGCUGCUCCCAUACCACGAUAAUAUACUAUAUGUUAAGACACUCUCGAUGGUACUGUGAUAAUAGGACAGAAGUAGGUGCUGAGAUAGAUUCAGUCCCCUGAGCAUUCUCAGGAAAUACAACCUCCCCUGCACCUUCCUCACAACCAUAUUAAUAUUUACAGUCCAUGAGAGGUCCUCAGAGAUGUAAGUGCCCAGGUAUUUAAAACUACCAACCCUCUCCACCUCCUCGCCAUUUAUGUGCAAUGGUAAAAAUACGCUUUUCUUUCUCCUAAAGUCAAUUAUGAGUUCUUUGGUUUUUUUGGUGUUAAGCAUAAGAUUGUUUUCUUUACACCAUUGAAUUAACCCCUGUACUUCUUUCCUAUAAGCAGUCUCAUCGUUCUCACUAAUGAGCCCCACCACUGUUGUAUCAUCCGCAAAUUUGAUGAUUGUGUUGGACUCAUACAGUGGGGUGCAAUCAAAUGUGUACAGGGAAUAGAGAAAGGGACUUAGCACACAUCCCUGAGGGGCUCCUGUGCUUAAUACUAGAGUAGAAGAAUAGUAAGGGCCCAUUCUCACUGUCUGCGGCCUAUCAGUCAGGAAAUUCCUUACCCACAGACAGAUCUUCUGAUGUAUACCCAAAUUGGUCAUUUUAAGAAAUAACCUGUCUGGCAGAAUUGUAUUGAAGGCAGAACUGUAGUCCACAAACAACAGCCUUGCGUAGGUUCCCUGUCGUUCUAGAUGACUCAGUACAGUAUGGACAGCGAUGGAAAUAGCAUCAUCAGUAGAUCUAUUUCUUCUGUAUGCAAACUGGAACGGGUCUAGAGUGGAUGGAAGACCAGCCUUAAUAUGAUCUAGCACCAAUCUCUCAAAACAUUUCAUAACGACAGAUGUUAAGGCUAUUGGUCUAUAGUCAUUGAGAGAUACCACCACUGACUGCUUGGGGACUGGCACUAUAAUCGAUGUCUUCAGGCAGGUAGGGACAGAACCCUGCAACAGGGAUAGAUUAAAAAUGUCCGUAAACACACCAGCUAAUUCUGCAGCGCAGUCCCUAAUAGCCCGUCCCCAUGAUUCCAUCCGGUCCAGCUGCCUUCCUAAUGUCAAUGCUCCGAAAGGCACGUUGUACGUCACAGGUCUGUAAUAAAAAUGGUUGUCUAUCAGUAGUAGUUUCUGAUGAUGUGCUGGUAGCCAAUGCUGUAGUGACGGUAGUUCCAGUUCCCACCUCAAGGCGACUAAAAAUUGAUUCAGUUGAUCAGCCAGGUGCGCACUGCUGCUAGCCAGUUCGCUUUUAAUAUUUUGCCCUGUAAUUUGUCGCAGGCCUUGCCAUACUCGACGAGGGUCGGAGCUCUCAAAAUGUUUUUCGAUCCUCCGGCAGUACAUAGCUUUGGCGUUCCUAAUGCCCUUUUUCAAUUUGGCUCUGGCUUCUCUAUACUGUAUACAGGUUACAAGUGAAAUGAAAUGAAAUUUCAAGUCGUGUGUGUUUUCUUUUGUUUAUUAUCGCUGUAGAGGCUGUAAAACCGAAAACCGAAAAAGAAAAGUACAAGGAGUUGUUUCCAGCCCUCUGUAGACCAGACAAUCCCAUUGUCAGGGUAGGUGGGUUUUUGUUCAUUACUAGCUGCAGACAGGAAGAGCAGAGUGCAGAGGAAUCUGGGGCAAGAGAGCACAUUAGGAACAGGGUGAGUGGGUGGGACUUACACACAAGAGUGUGGGUUGCAGGCAUGAAGGCUGGAGGGAGGAGGUUUGUGAGAUUAGGAAGGAGAGCCAGGCACCCCAAAUGCGGGAAUGGAGUGGGGGUUGUGAAUAAUAGCAAAAUAACAGCAUUCCCAAGAAAUUAUUAUUGUUAUUUAUACCCCGCCCAUCUGGCUGGGUUUCCCCAGCCACUCUUGGCGGCUUCCAACAAAAUAUUAAAAUACAAUAGUCUGUCAAACAUUAAAAGCUUCCCUAAACAGGGCUGCCUUCAGAUGUCUUCUAAAAGUCUGGUAGUUGUUGUUCUCUUUGACAUCUGGUGGGAGGGCGUUCCACAGGGCGGGUGCCACUACCGAGAAGGCCCUCUGCCUGGUUCCCUGUAACUUGGCUUCUCGCAGCGAGGGAACCACCAGAAGUUCCUUGGCGCUGGACCUCAGUGUCCGGGCAGAACGAUGGAGGUGGAUACGCUCCUUUCUGUUUUCUCUUGCUUCCCUGAUCAGCAGCAGAAUCCUAACCAUGCCUACUUAAAAGCGAGUCCUACUGAAUUCAACAGUGGGGUCCAAGUGGGGUGAGAUUUGACUUUAGUGCCAAGAAGAACUCGGUUCUAGUUCAGCUGUCGCCACAUGGAUCUGAAAGAGAUGUUGAAUUAGUGUAUCAGCGGUCUAUUCAGGGGGGUUCUCUCCUUUCCUUCACAGACAAUGUUGGAUGAAGAUGAUGUGAAGGUCGCUGCCGAUGCCCUCAAGGAACUGGAAGCUUUGAUGCCAACUGCAGGCAGGCAGGAGAAGCACAGAAGCAGUGAGGACCAGUAGGUUCCUGGGGCUUCAUCUCCUCAAGAAGGAAACUUUUUCAGUGUGUCGUUGUUGUUUUGGAAAAAUCAUAGGUGAUCUAGCUCAGAGGUGGGCAGAAGGCAGGUUGGGAUCUACUGGUAGGUUUAAGAAUGGCACACAGUAGAUUGCUAAGAGUUUCUGAUUCCCAGUUGUCUAACAGUAAGGUAAAGGUAAAGGGACCCCUGACCAUUAGGUCCAAUCGUGACCGACUCUGGGGUUGCAGCGCUCAUCUCGCUUUACUGGCCAAGGGAGCCGGCGUACAGCUUCCAGGUCAUGUGGCCAGCAUGACUAAGCCGCUUCUGGCGAACCAGAGCAGCGCACGGAAACGCCGUUUACCUUCCCGCCAGAGCGGUACCUAUUUAUCUACUUGCACUUUGACGUGCUUUCGAACCGCUAGGUUGGCAGGAGCAGGGACGGAGCAACGGGAGCUCACCCCGUCGCGGGGAUUCAAACCACCAACCUUCUGAUCGGCAAGUCCUAGGCUCUGUGGUGUAACCCACAGCGCCACCCACUUCCCCUGUCUAACAGUAGCCUUGUCUAAAAGGUUCCUCUCCUCUAAAUGAGCCAGGUAAAAACGAAUGUCACAGCGUGACAAAGGGUGUGUGCGGAUGACAAGGUGAAAGGACUUGCAAGGUUCUGUUAUUGAUCGCAAAUUUAUUGAUGGCACGUGUACCUCUUAUUUUCUUAAUUCUUAGCGCCCCUCCCAAAAUAGCUAUUGUUUUGCACCUGCCUCUUAUUGGUGGACCUCAAGAUUUUACUUAAAAAGUAAAGUAGAUCCCGAAAGCCUGAAGUCUGCCCACCCCUGAUCUAAUUCAACUCUCUUAUCUCAGGUAGGAUAUUCCAUCACGAAUCCACAAAUAUCACCAUUGUAGUGGACUAUAUUGGAGUAAAGACCGCAGCCUGGAGAAGCUGCUGAAUUUUGCCAUUUUGUUUCUGUAAAAAAGGAAGAAAAAGGCACCUGCCAGUAUUUUAACUAUUAUCAGCCAAAUUAGGUUGCCCAACAUGACGCCCCUGCUGUCACUAAUUCUGCCAUGCCCUGUAGUCUUCCACUUGACUGACCAAGGAGGAGGCUGCAGAGGUGUUUUAAAAACAACUCUCCUUGGUCUCCCAAGGAAUCCUGUUGCGGGGAUUCGAACCGCCGACCUUCCGAUCAGCAAGCCCUAGGCUCAGUGGUUUAGACCACAGCACCACCCGCGUCCAAGGUACCACUGUAUUAAAGUAGUGUCUGAAUCAAGAGUGCACCUGAGUACUCAUACUUUCUGUUGUUUGCAGCAAGAGAAGGCGGAGGAGCCGCAGCCGCAGCAGGGGCCGGGACCAGAAGCGGAAGCGGAAGUCGCCCUCUCGUUCCCGGACGAGGGAGCGGAAUAAGGGAAAGUCCAGAUACCGUUCCAGGAGCAGAAGCCCCAGCUGGGACCGCAAGGAGCGAGAGAAGCCUGCAGAGAAGAGCAACGAGCGAUGGCGGGAUAAGCACGUGGACCGGCCCCCACCAGAGGAGCCAUCCAUCGGGGACAUCUACAACGGCAAAGUCACCAGCAUCAUGCAGUUUGGCUGCUUUGUCCAGCUUGAAGGACUCAGGUAUUUGAUACAAGGUGGGCUUCACCUUUUGCAUCCCUGGCUGCCACUGAUCUGUGCAGUUCCAGAAAGUGAGAAACUGACACAACACUAUUUUUUAACUGCAAAGCCAUGUCUAUGGCAUUUUAAAGGGUAAAGGGGACCCCUGACCAUUAAGUCCAGUCGUGACUGACUCUGGAAUUGCGGUGCUCAUCUCGCUUUAUUGGCUGAGGGAGCCGGCGUACAGCUUCCGGGUCAUGUGGCCAGCAUGACAAAGCCGUUUCUGGCGAACCAGAGCAGCGCACGGAAACGCCGUUUACCUUCCCGCUGGAGCGGUACCUAUUUAUCUACUUGCACUUUGAUGUGCUUUUGAACUGCUAGGUUGGCAGGAGCAGGGACCGAGCAACGGGAGCUCACCCCGUCGCGGGGAUUUUAUGGCAUUUUAGGCACGUACAAAGUAAGUUACGUUGAAGUCCAGGGGUUUUUGUUUUGGGUAAGCUUGCUUGGGAUUAUAUACACCUCCCAGUCCAACAAUUAAGUAUGUUAUUACCAUAUCCGCCUUGAUACCUUUACGGUGGGUGGAGCUUACAGUGUAUAACUUCGAAAAGCUCCUGCGUGAGAUGUAGCAGAUACCCACUGGCUCUUUCUGUGUCCAAUUCCCCUUUUUAGGAAGCGUUGGGAAGGACUUGUCCACAUCUCAGAGCUGCGCCGCGAGGGGCGUGUUGCUAACGUGGCUGACGUGGUGAGCAAAGGGCAGAGGGUCAAAGUCAAAGUUCUGUCCUUCACUGGCUCUAAAACCAGCCUCAGCAUGAAGGUAAGAGAGGGUCCAUUCCAUAAAAGCCCACCUUGUGUCUGCUUCUGUUUCUUUUCCCUUCCCUUUCUGCCCUUCGCUUCUGUCUUGCUCCUUGUUUCCUGGGACAUUAGCAUCUCUUUCCUCUGUCUGUUUCAUCUUGCCUUGCUGCUCCUCCAGUGCUCAUUUCUCAGUCCCUGGCCAUCCUCAUUCCACUCCUCCUUACUUUGGCCAUAUAAUAAAACAAUUCCAUCUCUGAUUUGGGCCAAGGGGUGGGUCUCUUUUAGGACAAUGUAUUGUGGUGCGAAAACACUUGCUCCCUAGGAGGUGAGCGGUUGCUAUCAGGGAAUAGUGCCAAGGCACUGUUUCUACCCUGGACUUCAACUAUUCACCCUUGCUCUGCAGUUAUUUUGGCCUUGGGAUAUCUCACCUGCCCUUUCCUCUAAUUCACACCAGCAGUUUUAAGGAAGAGAGUAAAAGUGGGGAAUCCUGCAUGGACCACACUGAUCUCAAGAGCCAUCUGCUACUGACCUCGGAGGUAGUGACAGAUGCAAAUGGGCCAUUGUUUACCAGCCAGUGCUUCUUGCUUACUGGGAAACCUCAAGACAGGAACUGUUGUUGUUGAUAUCAACCAUGCCGCUACAUGUCUCACCUGGGCGACACGCUAAGCUUGCACACUAAUUGCGAAAUGGAACUAUUGGAGAUGUGGAGUAGAAAUUGGUACCAUGUUUCAUAUGUGGUGGCUAUGUAAAAAAAUUAAGAUCUUCUGGGAUGACAUACACGGUGAAUUUAGGAAAAUGUUCAGGGUCUUAUUUUAAAAAAAAAAACCAGAGGCCUUUCUACUCGGAAUUACAGAACAAGACAUUCCUAUACAGUGGUAACCUCGGGUUAAGUACUUAAUUCGUUCCGGAGGUCCGUUCUUAACCUGAAACUGUUCUUAACCUGAAGCACCACUUUAGCUAAUGGGGCCUCCCGCUGCUGCCGUGCUGCCGGAGCACAAUUUCUGUUCUCAUCCUGAAGCAAAGUUCUUAACCCGAGGUACUAUUUCUGGGUUAACAGAGUCUGUAACCUGAAGCGUAUGUAACCUGAGUUACCACUGUAAAGGUAAAAUAAGUUUUUUUUUAUACGCCAUUUUAUAUGUUAGUCUUAAUAGUGACUAACUGGAAAAGUGAUAAAAUUCCUUCCAGAUCAGAACGGUUACGAAAACUAGCUGAAUAUGCAGAGCUGGCCCAACUAUCUGGAAAAAAUGAAAGACAAGUCACAACAAAUAUUUAUUGCAGAAUGGGAAGUUUUCAAAACAUACCUUAAAAAUAACUGUUACAGUGUGAAUUCGGUCGCUGCCUUUGAAUAACUUCUGCAGCUGUACUAAAUAAGAAAUAAAGACACAGAAGAGUAAUGUUUUAUUGUAAAAUGAACAUACAGAUUUAUGCAGUAAGUUUGUAAAUUUUGAAAGAAGUAUGGAGAAGACGGGAAGUUGGAUGUACUUUGAGAAGGUUUACUGACAAAACAUAAAAAAAUACUUUUUUGUUUAUUUUGUAUUUGAGGUGGCGGGUGAUGUAAAUGUAUGGUUGUUGUGUGUUUUUUGUUGUUGUUUUUCUCUGUGUACAAUAAAGCAUAAAUUAAAAAACAAAUUAAUUGCAGAAUGGAACUAAGCUAAUUUUCUUUUUUAAUUUUUCCAUCACUACAUUGAGGGGAGUGCCAAUCUGUGAUUUAUGUGUUCUUUAGGAUGUAGAUCAAGACACAGGGGAGGAUUUGAACCCAAACAGACGUCGGAACCUCGUCGGGGAGUCUGAGGAGGCAGCCAUGAGGAACCCAGACAGGCCAACCCACCUGUCCUUGGUCAGCGCUCCGGAGGUAGAGGAUGAUACGUUGGAACGGAAGCGCCUCACCCGCAUUUCUGACCCUGAGAAAUGGGAAAUCAAGCAGGUAACGAUUUCUGGCUUGGGACUAAAUCACGAUUAAUAACGUGAACGAUUUCUGGCUUGGGACUAAAUGGCAACUAAGCAGGAGACAAGUCCUGAGUCCUUUGCCUGAGCAUGAAGUGGGUGUUGGCCGUCGUUUAAAGAAACUUGUGUUUGAAACAAGACAGACCUCUAAACUUUUUGGCUGAAGGUUUUGUCCUUGUGCUUCCCCACCCCCUUCAGAUGAUUGCUGCCAACGUGCUUUCCAAGGAGGAGUUCCCUGACUUCGACGAGGAAACGGGGAUCCUGCCAAAGGUUGACGAUGAGGAAGGUAAUGAAAAUUGUGCUCUGUGAUGGUCUAGACUUGAUUCACCUCUGUGCUUGUUCCUCAUCUAGCAAUUCAUUUUGCUCACGUCCCACUCUGAACUGGAGAAUGGUGGAUUUGAGGUACGGUGGUGCCUUGGUUCUCAAACUUAAUCCAUUCCAGGAGUCUGUUCAGCUCCCGAAACGGUUCGAAAACCAAGGCACGGCUUCCGAUUGGCUGCAGCAGCUUCCUGCACUCAAUUGGAAGUUGCGGAAGCAGCGUCAGACGUUCAGCUUCCGAAAAACGAUUGCAAACCUGAACACUUCCUAGUUUGCGGCUUUCGGGAGCCGAUUUGUUCAGGGGCCAAGCCGUUCGAGUACCAAGGUACCACUGUACUUCCACUAUCAAGACUAAUUAACUGCUCCCCUGCCUUCCACACUGCCUAGAAACAUGGCUAACAUCCGCACCCAUCCAGAUGUUGCUGGACUACAGCUCCCAUCAUCUCUGACUUUUGGCCCUGCUGACUGGGACUGAUGGGAGUUAGUCUGCCAACAUCUGGAGGGCCACAGCUUACCUGCCCCUGGCUGAGAACAUCUGCAAGGUAGAACUCAAGGGAGAGUCUCUUUCCAUUGUAUUUCUGUGUUCUUCAGAGGCUAGGAGCGUCUCCACCUCCAUCGUUCUGCCCGGACACUGAGGUCCAGCGCCGAGGGCCUUCUGGUGGUUCCCUCGCUGCGAGAAGCCAAGUUACAGGGAACCAGGCAGAGGGCCUUCUCGGUAGUGGCACCCGCCCUGUGGAAUGCCCUCCCACCAGAUGUCAAAGAGAAAAAUACCAAACUUUUAGAAGACAUCUGAAGACAGUCCUGUUUAGGGAAGCUUUUAAUGUUUAAUAGGUUAUUGUAUUUUAGUGUUCUGUUGGAAGCCGCCCAGAGUGGCUGGGGAAACCCAGCCAAAUGGGCAGGGUAUAAGUAAUAAAUUAUUAUUAUUAUUAUUAUUAUUAUUAUUAGGCAAAAGUUUUCCAAUACAGGGACUAGUCUGCUCUGUUUGCAGGGGCUAGAUUAGCCUAGAGGCUGCUAGAUAAUCAUAAGAUUGUAGAGCUGGAAGGGGUCACGAAGGUCAUCUAGUCCAACCCCUCCUGCCCUGUUGGAAUCUUUUGCCCAAUAUGGGGCUGUACCCACUGAGCUAUCCCAGGUGCCAUCCCCUAGCUUAGCUGGUAAAGAACAAGGUUGGAGUUUGUUGAUGAGAGCAGGGAACCUUGUUAAAAUGUGCCUGGGACUGAGCUUGAUUCCCUCUUCCAGACGAGGACCUGGAAAUCGAACUGGUAGAGGAGGAGCCGCCGUUCCUGCGAGGACACACCAAGCAGAGCAUGGACAUGAGCCCCAUCAAGAUUGUGAAGGUGACCAGAUCCAGUUCCCGGGCCCUUCCAUAAUUGCCAGAAGUGGGGAGGGAUGGCAAGGGUAUGCUGAUAUUUGAUUUGGGGGUGUGAUUUAUUGGGGUGGCUACCGAGAUGAGAGAAGCUCAGCAAGGACUUCUUGGACAAACUUAGCUGCAGCGAGUAAUGGAAUACGUUUUCCUGUAUUACUCCAGAACCCUGACGGCUCCCUGUCUCAAGCUGCCAUGAUGCAGAGUGCGCUUGCAAAAGAGAGGCGAGAGCUGAAGCAAGCCCAGAGGGAGGCAGAGAUGGACUCCAUCCCCAUGGGACUCAACAAACACUGGGUGGAUCCCCUCCCAGACGGUAACCGAAUCUCCCUCCUGAUGUUUUUUGGUUGUAAAAUGUACUUCUGUUUAGACAUCAGUGUGGGAGCCCGCUGUAACAUGUAACGUGUACUGUAAAUUGGGAUGCAUCAGGCAAUUUAGGAGACGCAGAGAUCCAGAAAUUCUGGCUGCCUUGAUAGCCAACUUCUUUCCCCCUCUAAGCAGUUGUGGAAUGAAUGGUUUUCACUGUCCUGUUACCUGAGCCCGUGUGCUCACUGUCGGGAUCACCGCUCGGCCAAGUUGAUAAAGCUCAUUUUCCUCUGGCCGAGUCCUCCGACGAUAAUUAACGACCUGAGCCUUUGAUGAGGCCUCAGGCACAUUCCCGUUCAGCAGAGUUUCCAGCACAGGGAAGUGAUGAGAUUUAUGGCUACAUCACUAUGCUUUAUUUCUUACUACUCAGACAGCAAAGAAAUCUACAUCCUCUCUCUGUGAAAGCAGAGAGCAACUAAAACAAAGGAACAAAGGAACAGGAAACCAGUAAACAUCACAUCCGUCUCCUGUCUUCCGUGAGACUUCCAACAGCCUGGAAGGUCUCUGGAAUGUAAACAGAGUCUUGUGACUCCAAAAGCACUGCACAGUGGCAACACACAGAAACUAACACUCACACCCCUUUCUAGUCAGUCCUCUCUUACCCCUUCCAUGUUGCCAUACGGACCAAAGUGUGAUGUAAAUUUUCCUCUCUCUUUCCAGUGGAUGGGAGACAAAUCGCUGCCAACAUGCGAGGGAUCGGCAUGAUGCCAAACGACAUCCCAGAGUGGAAGAAACACGCUUUCGGAGGCAAUAAAGCCUCUUAUGGGAAGAAAACUCAGCUGUCGAUCAUUGAGCAGAGGGAAAGUCUCCCAAUAUACCGGCUGAAGGAUCAGCUUAUCCAGGUAAGACUGAGGAGAAGAAGAAGAAGAAAAAAGCCAGCUGUCCGGAAUUGAACCAAGGGUCAUCAAAUCCAGCAUCUCAACAUGCCGAUAUCAGGUGGUUUGGCCUCCACAGGAGAUGACCAUGGUGUUCCAAAAUCCUAAGGAGCUUUUAUAUUCCUGCCAAUUCUUCUCCCGUUAAAUUCUGCAAGCGGAAAAACACAGAAAACCUGUGAUUGUUGGGAGCUGAUUCAGCUUCGUCUAUGAAUGCCCUUACCUAGCAAAUGUUUCCUGUUUAAUUCCUGCAUGCCCUGCCUUUGUUUCAGAAAUUCAGGGCGGCUUACAACCCAGAGAAUAAAACAGUAAAAACAAAUUGGUUAAUAUCGUGCAGUCGAACAGACUGGAAGGCCAAUACAGUCAUACCUUGGAUUCCGAACGCCUUGCAAGUCGGAACAUUUUGGCUCCCGAAUGCCGCAAACCCGGAAGUGAGUGUUCCAGGUUGCAAACGUUCUUUGGAACCUGAACAUCCAACGUGGCUUCCAAGGCUUCCGAUUGGCUGCAGGAGCUUCCUGCGGCCAAUCAGAAGCCACGCUUUGGUUUCCGAAUGUUUGAAAGUCGAACGGGCUUCCGGAACGGAUUCUGUUCGACUUCCAAGGUACGACUGUAGAAGCAUAACAUCAGCUUUAUAAAGAGAGGGCUGUGAAUGUGGUAUAUGUACUUUGCAUGUAGGUUUGCUCUUCUGGAUGUUCAAAACCUGAGCAGGGUGUGGCAGGGUGUAUGAAACCAGAAGUUGCCCUAUAAGGAACUUUGAGAACACCAGAUAGAAUUAGUUGUAUAGAGGAAGGAUGCAAAGCAAAUGGUGUCUGCUCAGUGAGCUAAAAGUCACCAUCUGGUCACUGGAAGCUCCCCCGGUGUUAGUUUGUUUGAGCAUCUUUUUCCAUUUGAGCUCUUUCUUGAAUAACACUUUAAGAACCAUACACUUCCAACAGAAAGCUCUGACAUUUAGAUUCAUCGGGUUCUGUGGUAUUGGCAAUAAUUUCGAGGAAACAUUUUUCCACCUGCCGUGCUAUUGCAUCCAUGCAGAUUUGUAGGCCCCUUUCUGUAGCGUCCGAACCUGCGGCUUGAUUUUAAAAGAAAAACCGAUUCGUGCAGACAAAGAGCAGCACGCUUCCCUAUUGGACGUAAUGUUCACGGAGGAGAACAGACAGAGUAGCAGGUGGAAGAGAUUUGAGUACCUUUGAACAGUGAGGAUACCUGAGCAUUCAAUGGCUUCUCUGUCCUAGGCUGUUCACGAUAACCAGAUUCUGAUAGUCAUCGGGGAGACGGGCUCUGGGAAAACGACGCAGAUCACGCAGUACCUUGCUGAGGCUGGCUACACGUCCCGCGGGAAGAUUGGCUGCACCCAGCCUCGGCGAGUGGCUGCCAUGUCCGUGGCCAAACGGGUAUCGGAGGAGUUUGGCUGCUGUCUGGGACAGGAGGUAAGAUGCGCUGGUGCUUGGUGGAUUGACCCUGCAAUGUGCCAGAAGUGGCAGAUCAUACAAUUCCAUGGUGGCUUACUUUCCUCAAGCUGGCAGGAGUGGAUAGGCCGUGUGAGGUUGUGCUCAGGGCCAACACAAUGGAAUGGGCAAGAGACCAGUUGGGAAUGCAGAUCUGUUCCACAGGCCAGAGGUUCCCAUCCACGCGGGAAUGCGUCCAUCCAUCCAUCCAUCCCCAUCCACGCGGGGCUGCCCUUGAAGCUGUCCCAGAAACUCCAGCGGGUGCAGAAUGCAGCAGCGAGGCUCCUCACGGGGUCUCUGCCAUGGGAGCAUAUUCACCCAGUGCUUUUCCAGCUGCACUGGCUCCCGGUGGAGUACAGGGUCAGAUAUAAGGUGCUGGUUUUGACCUUUAAAGCCUUUCAUGGCCUAGGACCCUUGUACUUACAGGAACGUCCCUCCUGGUAUGCCCCACGGAGAGCCUCAAGGUCCAUAAAUAGCAACACCCUAGUGGUCCCGGGCCCUAAAGAAGUUAGAUUGGCUUCAACCAGAGCCAGAGCCUUUUCAAUACUGGCUCCAGCCUGGUGGAACGCUCUGCCUCAUGAGACCAGGGCCCUGCAGGAUCUGAUUUCUUUCCGCAGGGCCUGUAAGACAGAGUUGUUCCGCCUGGCCUUUGGCUUGGAGCCAAUUUGAUUCCCUUCCUCUCUUUCUUUUUUCCUUUCUCCUCCUGUGAUGAGGCUGCAUUUUAAUAUUUAAUGUUUCAAUAUUUUAAUGUUGUAUUCAUUCAACUUGUUUUUAUUAUUGCUUGUUAGCCGCCCUGAGCCCAGCCUUGGCUGGGGAGGGCGGGGUAUAAAUAAAAAAUAUUAUUAUUAUUCUUGCUCUAACCUUUAAAUUUGCAGUUGUUUCUUGCAGGCGGGCAGGCAAGAUGUAAUUGCCAGAGCAGAAAUGGUUGCCCUUUCACCCCCUUCUGAUCGUUUUGCCCCACUCUCCUUGGCAGGUUGGCUACACCAUCCGGUUUGAGGACUGCACCAGUCCCGAGACGGUGAUCAAGUACAUGACGGACGGGAUGUUGCUGCGAGAGUGCCUGAUCGACCCGGAUCUGACGCAGUAUGCCAUCAUCAUGUUGGAUGAAGCCCACGAGCGCACCAUACACACCGAUGUGCUCUUUGGUCUCCUGAAAAAGGUGUCAGCUCUUUCAAAUCCCUCUCCCCACCACCCCCAACAACCUCCUAAAAAUAAUGACUUAGAAAAGAACAAUUGACGAAAACCUUUAUUUUAUUUUUAUAAUCUUUUUAAUUUGAUUGUCAAAAAUAAAAACGUACAACGAAACACAAUACGAAAUCCAAAUAUCGAGAUUACUCUGAAUCUCUUGACUUCUCCCCAUCCCUUCCAUGGGUCCUUUUAGUUCUAUUUUCAAUUAUAUAUCAAUACUUCUCCAAUUUUUCAUCUUCCUCAGUUAUCUAUACAUUCUGUUACAUUUCAAUUGUAUUUAAAAUCCCGCUAAUGUUUUGACCUGUUUACAGUGAAUUUGUAUAUACAUUAUAAACAUUUCCCAUUCUUUUUAAAAUUUCUUGUCUUCUUGAUUCCCGAGCUUCCCAGUUGGUUUUGCCAUUUCGGCAUAGUCCGUCAAUCUGAUUUGCCAUUCUUCUCUGGUUGUGGGGUUGUCCCUUCCUUCCACCUCUGGGCUACCAAAAUCCGAGCGGCCGUUGUAGCAUACAUGGACAAUGUCCUCUGGUCCUUUGGAGUCUUGGUACUUAUAAUUCCUAAUAAAAAGGCUUCUGAUUUUUUAACAAAAGUUAUUUCAAACAUUUUUUUCAUUUAUUUAUGGUCUAGGACCCUCGUACCUACGGGACCGCCUCUCCCGGUAUGCCCCACGAAGAGCCUCAAGGUCCAUAAAUAGCAACACCCUCGUGGUCCUGGGCCCUAAGGAAGUUAGAUUAGCUUCAACCAGAGCCAGGGCCUUUUCAACGCUGGCUCCUGCCUGGUGGAACGCUCUGCCUCAUGAGACCAGGGCCCUGCAGGAUCUGAUUUCUUUCCACAGGGCCUGUAAGACAGAGUUGUUACGCCUGGCCUUUGGCUUGGAGCCAAUUUGAUUCCCUCCCUCUCUUUCUUUUUUCCUUUCUCCUCCUGUGAUGAGGCUGCAUUUUAAUAUUUAAUGUUUCAAUAUUUUAAUGUUGUAUUUUAAUUUUGUUUUUAAGUUGUAAUCAUUCAACUUGUUUUUAUUAUUGCUUGUUAGCCGCCCUGAGCCCGGCCUUGGCUGGGGAGGGUGGGGUAUAAAUAAAAAUUAUUAUUAUUAUUGUUAUUGUUAUUGUUAUUAUUUAUAUAUCAUUUCCCAACGAUGGAAGGCUUUCUUAACAAGGAUAUGGAUUCUCCACUGUGUAACCCUGUGCUCAGAAAAUAAGAAAGAAGCCUGCCUGUCCUGGGCCCCAGCUCUUGAUUGGUCCUCGGAUUAGUUUGGCUGCCAGCCAGGGCUGUUGCCCCCUCAUGGCUUUUGUUGCUGUGUACAAUUUUUCCUUCCCUGAACAUGUUUUGCCAACUUCUCUCCUGCAGACGGUUCAGAAGAGGCAAGACAUGAAGUUGAUAGUGACGUCAGCCACCUUGGACGCGGUUAAGUUCUCCCAGUACUUCUACGAGGCUCCCAUCUUUACCAUCCCAGGCAGGACGUACCCGGUGGAGAUUCUCUAUACUAAGGAGCCAGAGACAGAUUAUCUGGAUGCCAGCCUGAUCACAGUCAUGCAGAUCCACUUGACGGAGCCACCAGGUAAGGCAUGGAAUGUUGGCACUCACCUUGAAGGUUGCUUCAUGUUGGAGGAUGGAAGGCUUUCAGUCCCAUGCAGUAAUCAUAGAGCACUGCUGCAGGUUCCAAGGUGGCGCUGUGUUCUAAACCACCAAGCCUCUUGGGCUUACUGAUCAGAAGGUCAGUGGUUCGAAUCCCCAUGACGGGGUGAGCUCCCGUUGCUCUGUCCCAGCUCCUGCCAGCCUAGCAGUUCAAAAGCACGCCAGUGCAAGGAGAUAAAUAGAUACUGCUGUGGCGGAAAGGUAAAUGGCGUUUCCGUACACUCUGGCUUCCAGUGUGAUGUAGUGGUUAAGAGCGGUAGACUCGUAAUCUGGUGAACCGGGUUCGCGUCUCCGCUCCUCCACAUGCAGCUGCUGGGUGACCUUGGGCUAGUCACACUUCUCUGAAGUCACUCAGCCCCACUCACCUCACAGAGUGUUUGUUGUGGGGGAGGAAGGGAAAGGAGAAUGUUAGCCCUUUGAGACUCCUUCGGGUAGUGAUAAAGCAGGAUAUCAAGUCCAAACUCUUCUUCUCUUCUUCUGUCACGGUGUCCCAUUGCACCAGAAGCAGUUUAGUGCUGCUGGCCACAUGACCCAGAAAGCUGUCUGUGGACAAAUGCCGGCUCCCUCGGCCUGAAAUCGAGAUGAGUGCCACAAACCCCAUAGUUGCCUUUGACUGGACUUAACCAUCCAGGGGUCUUUUGCCUUUCUUUUUACCUAGGGUGGCUGGCUUGGGCUAGAUGAUGUUUAAGUCCUCUCUUUUCUGUUCAUCAGUUUUGUUUUUGGAGUUCUAAAAAAAAAACGAAGUUCACAGACACUUUAAGGUCUAUCUCAUCUGAAGAGACCUGCUAUGAGAGUGGGGUAGUCUGCUGUAGAUACUCUUCACUGGCCAACAAGAAGAAACCUUUAAUGGUGAGUGGCGCUGUGGGUUAAACCACAGAGCCUAGGGCUUGCUGAUCAGAAGGUCGGCAGUUCGAAUUCCUGUGACGGGGUGAGCUCCCGUUGCUUGGUCCCUGCUCCUGCCAACCUAGCAGUUCAAAAGCACGUCAAAGUGCAAGUAGAUAAAUAGGUACCGCUCCAGCGGGAAGGUAAACGGCGUUUCCGUGCCCUGCUCUGGUUCUCCAGAAGCGGCUUAGUCAUGCUGGCCACAUUACCCAGAAGUUGUACGCCGGCUCCCUCGGCCAAUAAAGCGAGAUGAGCGCCGCAACCCUAGAGUCGGUCACGACUGGACCUAAUGGUCAGGAGUCCUUUACCUAUCCUAGAAUAAUAGAAUUGUAGAGUUGGAAGGGGCCACAAGGGUAAUGCAGGAAUCUUUUGCCCAAUGUGGGGCUUGAACCCACGACCUUGAGAUUAAGAGUCUCAUGCUCUACCACCUGAGCUAUCCCAGAUCUGCAGCACACUACCCUCCUAUGUGCACCCAUCUUGCAAACGAGAAGCUACAUUUCCCCAAACCAUACUACUCUAUAGUUAUUUACAGACUCCCUGUUAAGCCCGUGUUCAUGGAAGACAAUCUCGCUCAGCUACAAGUGAGCACCAGAGAAGACGACAACUACUCUGUUUAUGCUGAACAUUUUAUCUUCAUUGGCUCCCAGUAUUUUUCCGAGCACAAUUCAAAGUGUUGGUGCUGACCUUUAAAGCCCUAAACGAACUGGGUCCUGUAUACCUGAAGGAGCGUCUCUACCACCAUCGUCCAGCCCAGACACAGAGGUCCAGCGCCGAGGGCCUUCUGGCAGUUCCUUCACUGCGAGAAGUGAGGUUAGAGGGAACCAGGCAGAGGGCCUUCUCGGUAGUGGCGCCCGCCCUGUGGAACGCCCUCCCAGCAGAUGUCAAGGCAUUAAACAACUACAGUGGUACCUCGGGUUAAGUACUUAAUUCGUUCCGGAGGUCUGUUCUUAACUUGAAACUGUUCUUAACCUGAAGCACCACUUUAGCUAAUGGGGCCCCCUGCUGCUGCCACGCCGCUGGAACAGGAUUUCUGUUCUCAUCCUGAAGCAAAGUUCUUAACCCGAGGUACUAUUUCUGGGUUAGCGGAGUCUGUCACCUGAAGCGUAUGUAACCUGAAGCGUAUGUAACCCGAGGUACCACUGUAUUUUACUUUUAAAAGACAACUGAAGGUGGCCCUGUUUAGGGAAGUUUUUAAUGUCUGACACUGUAUUGUUUUUAAUAUUCGGUUGGAAGCCGCCCAGAGUGGCUGGGGAAAGCCAGCCAGAUGGGUGAGGUAUAAAUAAUAAAUAAUAAUAAUAAUAAUAAUAAUAAUAAUAAUAAUUAUUAUUAUUAUUAUUAUUAUCUGUUCCUGAAGUUGUAAAUGUUGUGCCCUGGCCUGCCUGUGGGUGGAGCUAAUCAGAGGAACCGUUUUUCUGUUCUGCAGGAGACAUCCUGGUGUUUUUGACUGGCCAGGAGGAGAUUGACACGGCCUGCGAGAUCCUCUAUGAGCGAAUGAAAUCCCUGGGUCCCGACGUCCCUGAGCUGAUCAUCUUGCCCGUCUACUCGGCCCUGCCUAGCGAGAUGCAGACACGCAUCUUUGACCCAGCUCCCCCAGGGAGUCGAAAGGUAGCUGCUUCUACCAUUUUCUGGCAAAGAUGGCGCCCCCCCCCAUACGAUUCCUGUGAAAGUUCCCUUCUGGACCAGUCUGUGGAGGCUUUUGCUGCCUCCUGUUUAGCAUGCUGUUUGACCCUGCGUCUCUGUCUCUUUCGUCCUAUCUAGGUGGUCAUUGCCACGAACAUCGCUGAAACUUCGCUCACAAUUGACGGCAUCUAUUACGUGGUGGACCCUGGGUUUGUGAAACAGAAAGUAUACAACUCAAAGACAGGAAUUGACCAGCUGGUUGUGACACCUAUUUCUCAGGUACGUGGCUGGGUGGCUGUUCUACACAAGAUCUGCGACUGGGGUCCGUGGGAGUUAGAAGAAUUUCUGUUGGCAGAUGUGAUGGAUUUCUCUUGCUCAGCCCUAUGAAAUAUGGAGAAGAAAAUGAUUUGUCUGCUUGUGCUAUUAGGUGAAUGUUGUUGUUGUUGUUGUUAAGUUGUUUAGCUGUGUCCAACUCUUCGUGACCCCAUGCACCACAGCACGCCAGGCACUCCUCUAUUCCACUGCCUCCCGCAGUUUGGUCAAACUCAUGCUGGUAGCUUCGAGAACACUGUCCAACCAUCUCGUCCUCUGUCAUCCCCUUCUCCUUGUGCCCUCCAUCUUUCCCAACAUCAGGGUCUUCUCAGGAGUCUUCUCUUCUCAUGAGGUGGCCAAAUUCUUGGAGCCUCAGCUUCAGGAUCUGUCCUUCCAGUGAGCACUCAGGGCUGAUUUCCUUCAGAAUGGAUCGGUUUGAUCUUCUUGCAGUCCAUGGGACUCUCAAGAGUCUCCUCCAACACCAUAAUUCAAAAGCAUCAAUUCUUCGGCGAUCAGCCUUCUUUAUGGUCCAGCUCUCACUUCCAUACAUCAUUACUGGGAAAACCAUAGCUUUAACUAUAUGGACCUUUGUUGGCAACGUGAUGUCUCUGCUUUUUAAGAUGCUGUCUAGGUUUGUCAUUGCUUUUCUCCCAAGAAGCAGGCGUCUUUUAAUUUCGUGACUGCAGUCACCAUCUGCAGUGAUCAUGGAGCCCAAGAAAGUAAAAUCUCUCACUGUCUCCAUUUCUUCCCCUUCUAUUUGCCAGGAGGUGAUGGGCACAGUGGCCAUGAUCUUGGUUUUUUUGAUGUUGAGCUUCAGACCAUAUUUUGCGCUCUCCUCUUUCACCCUCAUUAAGAUGUUCUUUAAUUCCUCCUCACUUUCUGCCAUCACGGUUGUGUCAUCUGCAUAUCCGAGGUUGUUGAUAUUUCUUCUGGCACUCUUAAUUCCGCCUUAGGAUUCAUCCAGUCCAGCCUUUCGCAUGAUGAGUUCUGCAUAUAAGUUAAAUAAGCAGGGAGACAAUAUACAGCCUUGUCGUACUCCUUUCCCAAUUUUGAACCGAUCAGUUGUUCCAUAUCCAGCUCUACGGUGAAUAGGGAUGUCCUAGAAGAGUUUGGAUUUGAUAUCCUGCUUUAUCACUACCCUAAGGAGUCUCAAAGCGGCUAACAAUCUCCUUUCCCUUCCUCCCCCACAACAAACACUCUGUGAGGUGAGUGGGGCUGAGAGACUUCAGAGAAGUGUGACUAGCCCAAGGUCACCCAGCAGCUGCAUGUGGAGGAGCAGGGAAUCGAACCCAGUUCACCAGAUUAUGAGUCCACUGCUCUUAACCACUGCACCAUGCUGGCUCUAUCCUUGUGCGGCAGGAACAGCACCUCCCUGUCACCAAGACACCCUCCACAAAUAAAAAUAAACUUCAGGAAUAACUUGCUCCUUUUUAUGGCACUCUAGUUGUGUUCCCUAAUCAGUGAAUGCCCCCUCUCAUCUUUUGUAUUUCCUUUUCCAUACUCUACUCCAGGGGUCAGCAAACUUUUUCAGCAGGGGCCGGUCCACUGUCCCUCAGACCUUGUGGGGGGCCGGACUGUAUUGCGGGGGGGAUGAAUGAAUUCCUUUGCCCCACAAAUAACCCAGAGAUGCAUUUUAAAUAAAAGCACACAUUCUACUCAUGUAAAAACAUGCUGAUUCCCGGACCGUCUGCAGGCUAGAUUUAGAAGGCGUUUGGACCAGAUCUGGCCCCCGGGCCUUAGUUUGCCUACCCAUGCUCUACUCCAAGGGUAGCUGAAUUUGGAGGCUGCAAGAAUUCUGAAAUUUGAAUGUCUUCUGCUUCUGAAUUAACUCUUGCUCAGACUUGGCCACACACGUGUGUCUUCCUCACUUCUGAGAUUUUGUGGAAUAACCACACAUUUCCAAAUCUAAGGCCUAGAAACAUGCUUGCUUGUUUAAAAACGAAAUUUUUGAGUUUUAGAAUGCUGAGUUCUGUGUUUGUGCGGCGCAUCCAUGGAUACCCUAAACAGCCUCCCUUAGUUCCACAGAGAUGUUGUUGUACCUUUUGCCGUAUUUCCUCAUUUAGAUAUUUUUACGUAUUUCAAAAAAUUACAUACCGCUUCACUGCAAAGAAAUCCCCAAAGCGGUUUACAAAAAGAAUAAAACCAUAAAAUGAUCAGGGAAACCCGGUUAAAAAGCAACAAUUUCAAACCUUAGAAAAAUAAUUAAAACCAACAGUAAGCUAAAAACCAGAUUUGCUUGGUUCAUAUUCCUCUGUCACAACUGGGCUGGUUGUUGUUGGCGUCCGCCUGUCUUGAGAGACAGUGGAGUGUGCCUCCAGGACUGAAGUCAACCCGCUGUGUUAGCAGAAGCCUAGGCAGUGUGUAUGGAGGUCCUGGGCUGCCCGGACAACAAGACACACACACCCCUUUCGGCCUCGCUGAUGUGGUCCAAAAGAAAGCAGAGCAAUACGUUUGGCACCAGCUUGGCUGCAGGAGUUGCUGGAAGGAGGCGUACAAGGCGCCAUCCAAUAAGGGCAGGGGAAGUUUAGGAUCAGAGACUCCCUUCUCCUAGAUGGGCCACCUUCCCAGGAUGACGAGCCCCAUCUUCCCCUCACUUCCCUCUGGGCUGCUUCACUGCUAACCAUGUUUCCUUCCUUCACAUUUUCUCACACCUGUUUCGGACCUGCAAGACCUACGACGGUGUGGUUUCCAUAUUCCAUACUGCAGCUAUAGUUCCCUGGUGCUAAAUAAAAUGCGCUGAGGGGGCAGUCAAAAGUAAUUUGCUGGGAAAUCAUUUGUCAUAAAUUGGAAAAAAUGUUUAAAAGUACUUAAAAAACAAAACCCAGAGUCCUUUUCGUUGGGGACAAUUCAGAUGGAAAUUCCCAGGUGUCAAAAAAGGUUAUUUAUGUGUGCCACUAGGAAUGCAGGUGGCGCUGUGGUCUAAACCACUGAGCCUAGGACUUGCCGGUUAGAAGGUUGGCGGUUCGAAUCCCCGCGGCGGGGUGAGCUCCUGUUGCUCGGUCCCUGCUCCUGCCCACCUAGUAGUUCGAAAGCACGUCAAAGUGCAAGUAGAUAAAUAGGUACCGCUCCGGCGGGAAGGUAAACGGUGUUUCCGUGCGCUGCUCUGGUUCACCAGAAGUGGCUUAGUCAUGCUGGCCACAUGACCCGGAAGCUGUACACCAGCUCCCUCGGCCAAUAAAGCAAGAUGAGUACCGCAACCCCAGAGUCGGCCACGACUGGACCUAAUGGUCAGGGGUCCCUUUACCUUUAUGUAUGCCACUACUGCGGAUUAUGUUCUGUUAGCCCAAAAAUGGAAAAUGAGCAAGGUUACAACUAAAGAAGAAUGGCAACUUAAACUGAUGGAAUAUGCGCAGCUGGCAGACCUAACAUAUAGAAUAAGAGAACAUGAAGAACAUACGUUUAAAGAAGAUUGGAAAAUGUUUAUUGAAUAUAUGUGGGGGGCGGAAUUGUGUAUAUUUGAAAACGUGGGCAGCGUUAAGAUAAAUUCAAUAGUGUAAAUAGUUUUGAUGAAUGUAAUAAUGGAAAACUGGUUUAGUUUAUAUAAAAUAUGCAGGGAUUUACGUUAUGCAAAAUGAACCAUGGAAAUAGAAGAAGGGAAAGCAUUUAUAGUUUAAGGUUGCUUGAAUGAAUAUCCUAAAAUGUAGAACAGAAAAUCUAAUAAAAAUUAUAGAAAGGGGCGGGGGAGAGAGAGAAAGUAAUUUGCUGACCUGGUUUGUUAUCUAUGAUUCCUGCAGGCCCAAGCCAAGCAGCGAGCUGGGAGGGCUGGGAGAACCGGGCCAGGCAAGUGCUACCGGCUGUACACAGAACGGGCCUACCGCGACGAGAUGCUCACCACCAACGUGCCUGAGAUCCAGAGGACCAACUUGGCCAGCACUGUGCUGUCCCUUAAGGUAGGCGCUGGUGACGCAGCAGCUGGUCUCUUAUGGCAGAGCCAUCUCUAGAAAAGCCUUGCAGAGUAUCUUUGUAGCGCCUUGUAAAAUGAACCUUCCUUCUGUUUGUAGCGUUUGAGCUGGGUUCUUUUCAUUUGGUCAGGGCGGUGGAAGAUGUUUGUACAAGGCAUGGUCUAAACCACUGAGCCUCUUGGGCUUGCCGAUCAGAAGGUCGGCGGUUCGAAUCCCUGCGACUGAGUGAGCUCCCGUUGCUCUGUCCCAGCUCCUGCCAACCUAGCAGUUCGAAAGCAUGCCAGUGCAAGUAGAUAAAUAGGUACCACUGCAGCGGGAAGGUAAACGGCGUUUCCAUGCGCUCUUGCUUCUGUCCCGGUGUCCUGCUGUGCCAGAAGCGGUUUAGUCAUGCUGGCCACAUGACCUGGAAAACUGCCUGCGGACAAACGCCAGCUCCCUCGGCCUGAAAGCGAGAUGAGUGCCACAACCCCAUAGUCGCCUUUGACUGGACUUAACCGUCCAGGGGUCUUUUGUUGUUGUUUAGUCGUUUAGUUGUGUCCAACUCUUCGUGACCCCAUGGACCAGAGCACUCCAGGCACUUCUGUCUUCCACUGCCUCCCGCAGUUUGCCCAAGAAAGUAAAACCUCUCACUGCCUCCAUUUCUUCCCCUUCUGUUUGCCAGGAGGUGAUGGGCCCAGUGGCCAUGAUCUUGGUUUUUUUGACGUUGAGCUUCAGACCAUAUUUUGCGCUCUCCUCUUUCACCCUCAUUAAAAGGUUCUUUAAUUCCUCCUCACUUUCUGCCAUCAAGGUUGUGUCAUCUGCAUAUCGGAGGUUGAUAUUUCUUCGGGCAAUCUUAAUUCCGGCUAGGGAUUCAUCCAGCCCAGCCUUUCGCAUGAUGAAUUAGUCUUUUGCCUUUACCUUUUUUAUCCAGAUAUUUGUACAGCACACCUCAUGUUCUCUCCUCCCUCUCUCUCACGCACACACACAGGCUAUGGGAAUCAACGACCUGCUCUCCUUUGAUUUCAUGGAUGCUCCGCCAAUGGAAACUCUGAUCACCGCAAUGGAACAGCUGUACACUCUGGGUGCCCUGGAUGACGAAGGGCUGCUCACCCGACUGGGACGCCGGGUAGGCCCUGCACUGUUCAGGUCUCAUGGCUGUGGGGAUGGGGGUGAUGGAAGGGAUAUCCAAGCUCGGGGAAUCUUUGGGAAACACGACUUGUAGAACCUAGUGUUUGCAGCUAGAAUAAGCAACUUGAGUCUGCUUGCAUUUGCUGUUCCUCCUUAUUUGUUAUUGCGUUAAAGUUCUGGGAUUUUGAUUGUGAUUAUUUAUAUGCCGCCCAUCUGACUGGGUUGCUUCCAGCAGAUUAAAACAUCAAACAUUUAAAAACUUCCAGAUACAGGGCUGCCUUCAAAUGUCUUCUUAAAGUUGUAUAGUUAUUUAUCUCCUUGACAUCUGAUGGGAGGGCCUUCCACAGUGUGGGUGCCACUACUAAGAAGGCCUUCCGCCUGGUUCCCUGUAACCUCGCUUCUCACAGUGAGGGAACCACCAGAAGGCCCUCGGAGCUGGACCUCAGUGUCCGGGCUGAACAAUGGGGGUGGAGACGCUCCUUCAGGUAUACUGGGCUGAGGCUGUUUAGGUUUAUAAAGGUCAGCACCAACACUUUGAAUUGUGCUUGGAAACGUACUGGGAGCCAGUGUAGAUCCGGAAAUAGUGGAAAUGGGCCAGGAAAUAGAUGCAGCAGUAUGGGGGAGAAGGAACCGCAGAGGGUGUUGGAAACCCUUUUCUCCCUACCCCUGUGAUCUGGAAAGCUCUGCUCAGCCUUUCCCCCUCAGAUUGUACCAGAAACAGAAGAUAGAUGAUACGUACCGUAUUUUUUGCUCUAUAAGACUCACUUUUUCCCUCCUAAAGAGUAAGGGGAAAUGUGUGUGUGUCUUAUGGAGUGAAUGCAGGCUGCGCAGCUAUCCCAGAAGCCAGAACAGCAAGAGGGAUCGCUGCUUUCGCUGCGCAGCGAUCCCUCUUCUUGUUCUGGCUUCUGAGAUUCAGAAUAUUUUUUUUCUUGUUUUCCUUCUCCAUAAACUAGGUGCGUCUUAUAGAGCGAAAAAUACGGUAUUUCUAACUUCUCACCCAUAAGAACUAGAAACUUGUUUAACAAAAGGAGAGAACAAGCUGGCUGAGCUUGCCAGAAUCCUGAAAUCCAUUGCGGGUGUGCUAAACCCUUGUGACCUGCCCUGACUUUGGGGGUGGGGAAAAGCUCCCAGUGCAGCACUGGAGCAAGAGAUGGUUAGAGGUCCCUAGCCCUGGAUUUGCCUGGUAUGCUCUGGGAACCAUCUCUGGGAAGGAAGAGCUUCAGUUAUGAUAGCUAUACCAGACAACCAGCUUCAUAAGGUGGAAAUGAAAAUCAAAGAGGGAGUAUUGAAAUGUGUGUGCAAGUACAGUGGUGCCUCGCAAGACGAAAUUAAUCCGUUCCGCGAGUCUCUUCGUCUUGCGGUUUUUUCGUCUUGCGAAGCACGGCUAUUAGCGGCUAUUAGCGGCUUAGCGGCUAUUAGCGGCUUAGCAGCUAUUAACGGCUUAGCGGCUUUAAGAAAAAGGAAACAAACUCGCAAGAACUCGCAAGACGUUUCGUCUUGCGAAGCAAGCCCAUAGGGAAAUUCGUCUUGCGGAACGACUCAAAAAACGCAAAACCCUUUCGUCUAGCGAGUUUUUCGUCUUGCGAGGCAUUCGUCUUGCGGGGCACCACUGUACUUGGGGCAUUCUGUUCCUGCCCCCCCCCCAAAGACAAAGUUCGGUGGUUUGCUGCAAUCAGGUUGACUGCCACUGCUUGGGGAGGCUGCACAGAUUCAAAGAAAUAACCAGCUGUGAAUGCCGUUCCCUUCCUUCCCGACAGAUGGCCGAGUUCCCCCUGGAGCCCAUGUUGUGCAAGAUGCUCAUCAUGUCGGUGCAUUUGGGAUGCAGCGAGGAAAUGCUCACCAUCGUCUCCAUGCUGUCGGUGCAGAACGUCUUCUACCGACCCAAGGUAAAUGGGCACGUUUGGGAGAUUGGACUCUCAAGACAGCCUGGCACUGGUCGCAGCUGGGCCAGCGCCAGGGAAGAGGAAAAGAACAUGGAGUGCUGGUCUGGUGGGUAGUGAAUCGGACCUAGAUGUGGGAGACUGCAGUUCCCUGUCACGGAUUCACUUUGCGCAGCUAGAGUUACCCGGCAUCAACUCCUUGUUUUGGAAAAUUGAUUAAUUUUUUUACUUUACGUGCCGCUUUUCCACAACGAGCUGUGCUCAAAGAGGCUUGCAACAAACCUUCAGAAUGUUAAAAAAGGAGAACGUUGGAAAUGCCAAAUGUACAAAACAACAGAGCAUGUCAGUAAAUUCAAAAUAACAAAAAUCAGCAAGAAGAUGAUGUAGAUCAGGCAAACAAGGAAAUGCGCAGGUUUGAUGUGUCAGUAAGCUGUGAUUGAUUCCCUGUUAACUAAUGUUGAAUUAUCAUUGACUCCCUUGUGUUAACGUUUGUAAUAACCGGAUGUUGUAAAUACUUGACCAUUAUUUGAUAUCGUCCGUCCCAUACUUAGCAGAUAUUUCAGCAGGUAGGAUGCCUUACUCUAGAGCAGAUGUAGGGGACCUUUGGCCCUCCAGGUGUUGCUAAACUGCAUCUCCCAUCAUCCCUGACCAUUGGCUAUACUUGUUGGGGGCGGAUGGGAGUUGUAUUUCUGCAACAUUUGGAGGGCCAGAGGUUCCCCACACCCGCUCUAGAAGGUGUACAGAGCCUAAAAUGAUGUCAAAAGGGGGAAGGAGCAUAGGCAGUGGCCCCUUGCAGCUGAGCUGAUGUCCAAUAAAGUGUGCAACUUUUGUUCAGUUUGUGUCAUGAGCCAGCCAGCCUUGAAUUGCUUCAUCAACUAGAGAUGAAAAUCAAAACGUGGUGUUGAAAUACAUAUAUAUAGAAACAGUUUAUCUGUUCAGUUUGCACAAGUAAUUGAAGGUACCAGUACAAUAGAAGGCAAGCCAAUUCUCUUCUUCCCACACCCCACAGUCUGUCUGCAUCUGUCCAGAAACAUUAGCACAAAUCCCUUGGUAAUGUCAGCCCCUUAAAAUAGUGCAAUAACAACUAAUGACUGCAGAAAAUUGUGUUAUGGGUUCCAAUAAUUUGUUCAAAGGCUAUACAAACGCCUUGGUACUCAGACGUUUUGGCUCCUGAACGCCACAAACCUGGAAGUGAGUGUUCCGGUUUGUGAAUGUUCUUUGGAACCCAAAUGUCCACGGGGCUUCUGAUUGGCUGCAAGAGCUUCCUACAGCCAAUCGGAAGCCGUGCUUUGGUUUCUGAACGUUUUGGAAGUCAAACAGACUUCCAGAAUGGAUUCCGCUCAACUUCCAAGGCAAGACUGUAAAUGUUGUUAAAAAUAUUUGCAAUUGUGCCUUUUUUUAGCUGACCUGCGUAGAUACUACCAUUUUGUGCAUGCACUUGUUGCCAUUUUGUAAAUUUUAGGUAAAAUAUAUUGGCUCCUCCAGAAACCGAUUCCUUAUAAGCCAGAGUUCUGUCCCUGUUCUUUUGGUGUUCCUGAUGACGGGGGGCUGCUGGAGAAAACUCACUUCCUGUUUUGCUUGUGUGCGUUGUAGGACAAGCAAGCUCUCGCUGACCAGAAGAAAGCCAAGUUUCACCAGACGGAAGGGGACCACCUCACGCUUCUGGCUGUGUACAACUCCUGGAAGAACAACAAGUUCUCCAAUCCCUGGUGCUAUGAGAACUUCAUCCAAGCCCGCUCGCUGCGCCGUGCCCAGGAUAUUCGCAAACAGAUGUUAGGCAUCAUGGAUAGGUGAGGGUCUGGCCAGGGACAGGAGAAAUGUGCUAGAACAGGAUGUUCCCAAACUGUCAUGGACCAGUGAUCCAUGAGCUUCGUUCAGGUGGUCUGCAGCUCGCUGGUGGAUUCGUGGUUGAAGAUGGGAGCCGGGACACCCAUUACAUUCAGUGCUCAUAUGGAUUUUUUAAUUGUAUUUUAAUUUUCUUUUUCUAUUGCUUCCUUGGGGCAGGGGAGACAAUGGGGGAAGCAUCCAUUCUGUGUGUCAGUGCUCCCAAAGGCAUCUCAGCCUUGCAGAGUCUUAAUUAGAGCUGGCCGGUUUUCACUUCAUUAUCCGAAACCCGUAUGAUGUUCAGAUCACGAUACAGUGGUACCUCAGGUUAAGUACUUAAUUCGUUCUGGAGGUCUGUUCUUAACCUGAAACUGUUCUUAACCUGAAGCACCACUUUAGCCAAUGGGGCCUCCUGCUGCCGCCGCGCCACCAGAGGACGAUUUCUGUUCUCAUGCUGAAACAAAGUUCUUAACCCGAGGUACUAUUUCUGGGUUAGCGGAGUCUGUAACCUGAAGUGUAUGUAACCUGAAGCGUAUGUAACCCUAGGUACCACUGUACUGGUUUCAGACUUUUUGAGCUGGCAAUACAUAGUAGCUCCCCGGCCACCGCCAACACACCUGCCUGCCUGCCUACCUGCACUGUGCUGGCAGCGCCAUGAUGUCUUCUCAGCUCAAAUCACCUGCUCUCCUGUCUGCCUGCCUGCCUGGCUGUGAGCAAGUGUGGUGGGCGGCCAGUCUCUUUCCUCCCCAGUGGUCGGUUGGGAGGACAGAGACUGCCUGCCUCGCUCGCUUGCGAGGAGGCAAACACACAGCCAGACAUUGCCCAGCCCUAGUCUUAAUUAGGAAUGUGCUCAUAGUAGGUAAGGUAAAGGGAUCCCUGACCAUUAGGUCCAGUUGUGACUGGCUCUGGGGUUGCAGCGCUCAUCUCGCUUCAUUGGCCGAGGGAGCCGGCAUACAGCUUCCGGGUCUUGUGGCCAGCAUGACUAAGCCGCUUCUGGCGAACCAGAGCAGCGCACGGAAACGCCGUUUACCUUCCCGCCGGAGCAGUACCUGUUUAUCUACUUGCACUUUGACGUGCUUUCGAACUGCUAGGUUGGCAGGAGCAGGGACCGAGCAAAGGGAGCUCGCCCCGUCGCGGGGAUUCGAACCGCCAACCUUCUGAUUGGCAAGCCCAAGAGGCUCAGUGGUUUAGACCACAGCGCCACCCGCGUCCCGCUCAUGGUAGGAGGCAAUACUUAACCUGUUCCCUCCCCUACCGCUAAGCACUAGAGCAGCAGAAAUAGUGCACCUGACGAAGAUAAUCUAAUGUUCAAAAAGCUGAACGUGAGUUUUUGAGCUGGGCAAAACUCUCUUUCGAGCAGAGCGCUUUCCUGGGGAUCACAGCAAAGUUUUAGCUGUGGCGUUUGUGUGUGGACUUGGGUGUAGGGCAGCCUGGAUUUGCAUCAACUGAAGCUUCUGUUCUAAACUCUUCCCCCACUCCUCUGGUUGGACAGGCACAAGCUGGACGUAGUGUCAUGUGGAAAAGCCACCGUACGCGUCCAGAAAGCCAUUUGCAGCGGUUUCUUCCGGAAUGCCGCCAAGAAGGAUCCCCAAGAGGGCUACCGGACCUUGAUUGACCAGCAGGUCGUCUACAUCCACCCCUCAAGUGCCCUCUUCAACCGCCAGCCUGAAUGGUAAGGAGGCUGGGGCUGCCGGACGUCAUUGUUUCUACCAAGAAAAGGGAUGUUUGUAUGACACAGUUGAAAGUUAAGGGGGAGCUCAUGGGCUUAGCCUGGUGGGGCAACCCCAUUUGCUGUUGAACAGAACCACAUGGGGAGGCUUGCAAAGGACUUGAUUUGACUGCACUCCUGGGAAGUGGCAUGUAAUAAUAAUAAUAAUAAUAAUAAUAAUUAAUAAUUUAUUAUUUAUACCCCGCCCAUCUGGCUGAGGGCUGAGUUUCCCCAGCCACUCUGGGCAGCUCCCAAUCGAGUGUUAAAAACAAUACAGCAUUAAAUAUUAAAAACUUCCCUGAACAGGGCUGCCUACAGAUGUCUUUUAAAGAUAGGAUAGCUGCUUAUUUCCUUCACAUCUGAUGGGAGGGCGUUCCACAGGCCAGGCGCCACUACUGAGAAGGCCCUCUGUCUGGUUCCCUGUAACGUCACAUCUCGCAAUGAGGGAACCGCCAGAAGGCCCUCAGCGCUGGACCUCAGUGUCCGGGCUGAACGAUGAGGGUGGAGACGCUCCUUCAGGUAUACAGAACUGAGGCCGUUUAGGGCUUUAAAGGUCAGCGCCAACACUUUGAAUUGUGCUCGGAAACGUACUGGGAGCCAAUGCAGAUCUCUCAGGACCGGUGUUAUGUUGUCCCGGCGGCCUCUCCCUGUCACCAAAGCAAGCUCCCCAUCCCCCGCAAAGCAUUACCCACCCCCUAAAUUUUUGGAAGGAAGAUGCUAAGUAGGAUUGACCCCCCUGCACAUCAGUUGGUACAAAGGGAAAUCAACCCAGCUUGAUUGGGGUGUGCAAGAGAACUUCAUCCCUUGCACACCCCAUACGCUUUGCUUUGCUAGGCUUUAAGGUCCUGAAGUCAGGGCCUUCAAGCUCCUUGCAAGAGUGCUUUGAAGUCCCAACUCUGAGGCUUCAAAGCACGACGCCAAUUGCGAUGUCACUUAAUUGACAGGUGGGUGGUGACGCCGAACGGUCAAAUUUGGUCCGCAAGGCAAAUCCUGAUAAGGGUCUGUCUUGUGGAGCCAAAAUGCUUUCCUAGUCCUGGUCUAAGCAUUACAGGAGGAGGGAGUAGGGGGUUGGCAAGCAGAGUGAAUACUAAUAAAAGUGUGGCAUGCAUUUUAAAAUAAAUAUACGGUAUCUUAGCCCUGUGGGAAUUUGCUCCUGUCACACCUGGAGACCUUUUGAAAUACACAUGCUUUUGUCUUGUCAUAUUUCAACGCCAAAUUUGUUUGGGGGAGGGAUUCCAAACCAGCUGUCACCUUGCAAGCUCUGUUUGAUUUAUGUCCUCGUUCUUGUUGAUCCUACAGCAGUGUUUCUCAAACCUGGGUCCCCGGGUGUUGUUGUACCGCAACUCCCAUCAUCCCUAGCCAGCGGGACCAGUGGCAAGGGUUGAUGGGAGUUGUAGUCCAGCAACAGCUGGGGACCCCAGUUCGAGAAACACUGCCCUAUAGUUACCCUUGGUGUAGGGAAGGCAUGGCCAAACUUGGCCCUCCAGGUGUUUUGGGACUACAACUCCCAUCAUCCCUAGCUAACAGGACCAGUGGUCAGGGAUGAUGGGAAUUGUCAUUUAUGGACCUAAUAGGUAUCUAAAGCCAUAAUGGGAUCAAAAUUAAUUAUGUAUUACAUGAAAUCAAUCAGUAGGCAUAAGACUCACACCCUUAGUGUAUGCUGCCUGAUCAUCAGUCUACAAGCACUCUUUAAUAUUAGACACAACAGCCUGACCUACAUUCAACUGUGCUGCACUGCAUUCUGCAGCUGCAUGCUAUAUAUUGCCAUGCAGCCAGUUCAUGCAGAAUAUAGGCACCCUAUAUCUAGAAAUGAGCGAACCAGUGAUAUUUUAGGGAGAAGGCUAGCAGGCAGGGCCCAUUACUUACAUCAUAGGAGCCUACACAACACAAAACACUGUUGCUGUAUGUAGGUUUUAUUUUAUUUGUUUUUUAUCUUAUAUUUUGGAGGCCCAGGUUUGACCAUGCCUGGUGUAGGGAGAUGUGCCUUCAUAUUGCACAUAGAGGAAAGGGUUUUUAGAGUGAGCCGCAUUCUGGGGAGAGAGGGGUGUCCUAAUUCACCCGUCCCCCUUUCUCGUCCUGCAGGGUUGUAUAUCAUGAGCUGGUGCUCACCACUAAAGAGUAUAUGCGGGAGGUCACCACCAUCGAUCCCCGCUGGCUGGUGGAGUUCGCCCCUGCCUUCUUCAAGGUCUCUGACCCCACAAAACUGAGCAAGCAGAAGAAACAGCAGCGUCUGGAGCCCCUUUACAACCGCUACGAAGAGCCCAACGCCUGGAGAAUAUCGCGAGCCUUCAGGCGCCGGUGAGCCCUCCUCGUCUGCCAAGAACGGUGGCUGGACACAGCACCAUCACGCGGUCCAGCCUUGGGCAUAUCUGGACAACUUGCUAUGUACGUUUCAAGACCAAAAGGUGUAGUGGUGCAAUGCCAGCUCUUAAAGGCACCUCCUCCACCAUGGCUGGCCUCAGAGACACCUUUCUUCACGGGAUAUUUUCUUUUGUUGCCGUUCCUGCGCUGUGCAAGGGUCAAAAGUUGGCGUGCGGUUUCGAAUUCCCCUCUGUUACCGAAAGGCCUCCUUUCUCCGCUGCCCCAAACGGGAACCGAAAGGGGAACACAAAGCUCUCGUGUGACCUUUUCCCUUUAGAACUACCGCAUUUUUUCUUCAAAGCAACCCUCUGGAAGCACAUUUGAAAAGACUGCUCUUGGAGGAAACAAGACAAAUACCCAGACCCCCUACACUGGUGGCCUUUCUUGAAUGUGGUCUUCAGCUGUGCUGCCAUGUUGCUUGCCCACUUCCUGUCAGAGCCCAAACAGUGUACAAAAAGCUGUUCUCUUUUCCCCCCAAGGAUUCACUGACACCUGAAGCAACACUCCUGUGUUUCGUCAGUAGUAUUGCCAAGCAAUUUUUAAAUUUGAAGAAAAUAAAAAAAAAAAGCUGGAGGCCGUGUUGUCUAGAUCAGAGUUUUUGUCUGUCUUUUUCUGUACGAUCUUACUUGCGUUUGGUGAAAAAUGUCCUCUGUCCUCAAGGUUGGAUGUGCCUUUGCAGUACAAGGGAGGGGUGACUAACCUGUAGUCCUUCAGGAGCUAUUUUCAACCUCCCUCCAUCUCUCAGGCCAGUGGUUGGGGAUUAUGGGAGUUGUAGUCCCAGCAAAGCCACCUGUUUUAGGAGAUGCAGUAGAGAUUCAGAUGUACUUGAGGGAGUGGAGAAGAGCGCGCAAUGCCUUCUUGAUGGCUCUAUGACUCUUCACAGCACCCCUUCAUGGCAAUUGCUGGCAACUUUCUGCUUGUCUGCUGAGAGGGCUAAGAGAGGUUGUGUGAUCUUCCUUUAUGUCCCAGGUGUCUGUGGUACAAGGAGGACUCUUUAAAUGAAAAGUUGUCUUCACAUUUUUUCUCUCUGUCUGGAAGCUGGUUUGUGUACACACACAUGUACAGUGGUACCUCGGGUUAAGUACUUAAUUCGUUCCAGAGGUCUGUUCUUAACCUGAAACUCUUCUUAACCUGAAGUACCACUUUAGCUAAUGGGGCCUCCCGCUGCCGCCGCGCCGCCGGAGCACGAUUUCUGUUCUCAUCCUGAAGCAAAGUUCUUAACCCGAGGUACUAUUUCUGGGUUAGUGGAGUCUGUAACCUGAAGUGUAUGUAACCUGAAGCGUAUGUAACCCAAGGUACCACUGUAUUGUGGUUGUCAUCCUUCCGUCUUGAGAGAUGAUGGAGUGUGAAAUCAAAUCUCUUGGAUAUUCAGCACCGAAGUGAACCUCCUCUGGACGCAAGCCUGGGCAGUGUGUUUGGAGGUCCUGGGCUGCCCAGACUUCAAGACCCACUUCUCGUCUUUGCUGUGGUGGUGUGAACAGAGACACGGGGUUUGGAAGGUAGCCAGGGUGUGAAGUGAUAGGAAAAGAGUGUUUUUAGCAGGGUGUUCUGAAGAGGAGAAGGAGAAAGAAAGAAAGACUGGGAUCCAUCUUGGGCAGGCUGGCUGAAGGCUGGCUGCACUGCUGUGGGGUACAAGCCCCUCUUGACCAUGCUGUACGAUCUGGACUCCCUCCAUGCAGGUGUAAAUAGGUGAAUAAACCAUAUUUCUUAGAGCAA